AUGUUGCUUUUUGAAUAUGGGCAUUUGAAAGAAAAGUUAAAUAUAUCAGGAUAUUUUUAAUUUGAAAAUUUGAUCAAAGAAUUUAUUAGAUUUCAAUCGAAUAAAUAAACCAUUUUAAACUAAUGCCUCAUUACAAAUUAAGAUAAUAAAAAUUAUAUAGUUUCCAAGAUUGUCCUUACUGAUAAUUACACAUCUUUAAAUGAACAAUAUGAUGAAUUGCUUCCUAAAAUUUAAUUGUUUGUAGAUCAAGAUAGAGGAAAAGAAUUGAAUUUUGUAUUAAAAUCUGCUUUUGAUAUUUAAUCAGAGCUAAAUAAAUAUUUAGAAAAAUUUUAACAAUUAAAUAAUUAAGAACUAAUGACUCAUAUUCAGAAAAGAUUUUUUAUGAAAUAAUAUUUAAAAUAAUAAAUGGAUUAGUAAGAAAAAUAUUAAAGCUACUUUAAAGAUAUUAAUGAACGACUAAAAAAAUUGAAACCCUAUUAAUAAAAUUAAAUCAUAGAUGUAUUAAUCGAAGCUGAUGCUGAAACAUUAGAAUAAGUUUAUAAUUGUAUUAAGAUUGAAAAAGCUUUGCAAUUUCAAUUUUUAUAAGAAUAAUAAAAUAUUAUUAGUGAUUUAGAAUUAAAUAAUUAUUUUCUGACUUCAUUGUAUAUUAUUGACUAAAUAAUAUCAGAUUAAACUGUUUUUGAAGAGUGCCUAAAAUAGGAAAAUAAAAAUUAAUACAUUUUAGAAACUUUCAAUGAUACUUUAAAGGAUUUAGAAGGUUAUUAAAUUUCCUUUUAAGAUAACUCUAAUUAAUAAGAUAACAGAUUUAUAAAGUUUAAAGAGGCAUUAUUAAAUUAAUUAAAGAAAAGAUUUUGGAUUUUUUCAGAAGAAAUUACUUAAUUUAAUGAAGAUGUUUAACUAAAAAAUGAGAUCAAUUAAUUAUUUAAUCGUUAUUACAAAUCUAUUUGCCUUAAGCUUCCAUUUAACAAUUUAUUAGAAAAAUUGAUUCAGAUUAUUUUAGACAAUGAUAGUAUGGAAGGUAUAGUUGAAAGAAUUUUAGAAUUGAAAAUAUAAAACAUCAACAAAUAUGUUUUAGAUCUUAUAGAUAAGUAUAAUUUGGUUGACAUUGACAAAAAAUUAAGUUAUUUAUAUUAAAAGAAAAAGCAUAAGUAUUUGAAACAAUUAAAAAAUCGUCCAUUAUUUUUUUAAUAAGUUGAUAUUAUAAUUGAUUAUUGUAAUAAAACCAGCACAAUGAUUGAAAUGGAAAAUUCCUAAGCAUUAAUAGAUUUCACAAAUUCAAAUUAAUAAUAAAUUUUAGAAUUUCAUCUAAGGCAGACAUUAUCUAAUUAUGAAAAUCUGUAUUCAGAUGAAUAAUUUCUACCUGAACUAUUUAAGUAAACAAAUAAAUUUUGCCCUGAUUUAAGUAUUGUAAAAUCCACAUAAUAUGUUAUUUUUCAAUAAAAGAUUUAAUAUAUGAGACUAAAAUAAGAAAAAGGAAUUGGAAAGUAACACAAGAAAUUAAAAAUGAAAUUAAAAUUUUUAGAUUAUGAAAAGCUUGAUAUUGAAAAAGUCAUCUAAUAACAUUAGAAUUCUGAAUAAUCGCCUGCUGUUAUAUAUGAAAAUAGAAUAUGGAAUUAAUUUCAUAAUUAAAUAAUUUCAGAGUGUACAAAAUUUUUAGAUUAAGAAAUUAAAAAAAAAAGAAACUAAGCUUUUGAUGAAAAAAAGAAAAAAUAUAAAUCUAAUUAUGAAUAGUAUUCUUUGAUUCCUUUUGAUUGGAUUGAAACAAUUUUUCGUAAUAGUUAUGAAGAAAUGAAAGAAGAAGAAACAAUGAAAAAUAUUGAUAAUAUUUUUAAGAAUUGUGAAAAGGAAGAUGAAAAUCAUUUUAAAGAAUUGUAAGAAUAUGUAGAAUUGGAAAAUGAUAUUAUAAAUACUAGAAAUAAAUAAAUCAAGGAAUAUUUUAACUCUCUUGGUAAGAAAGAUUAUGAAACAAUUAAAGAGUUAGAAGCAGAUUUAAAAAAUUAGAUUAAAUUUAAUAGAGAAUAACUAUUUAAGUAAUAAUAUUUAAUCAAAAACUCAAUUUAAGAAAUAUAUUAAGAAUAUAUUAAGUAAUGCUAAGAGAUAUUAAAAUAUCCUCCAACUCAUUUAUAAAAAUACAAAGUUGAUAAAUAGACAUAAUUAAAUGAUUUAAGGGAUAUCAAUAAUCAAAUUUUGUCAUUUUAUGGAAAAUAAUUAAUAAAUCAUUUAGAAUAGCAAAAAGAAUCAUGA